CGUCCUUCCGCUCACUUCCUCCUCUUUUCUCCGCCAUCCUGUGUGCGGUUGAGGUCUGUCCUCACCAUGUCUUCUCACAAGACUUUCAGGAUCAAGCGAUUCCUGGCCAAGAAGCAAAAGCAGAAUCGUCCCAUUCCUCAAUGGAUUCGAAUGAAAACUGGCAAUAAAAUUAGGUACAACUCCAAGAGAAGACAUUGGAGAAGAACCAAGCUGGGUCUAUAAGAAGCCUCCCAUAAAAAGUGGCACACGUGUUAAGACCACUUAUUUAAGCAGUCGUAUCACAGUGAGAACAUCACUACUGUAAUGCUUGGCUCCUGAUGUUUCUUAUUUCCUCACUAUCAGUCGAGACCAGUAAUAAAUAUGAUAUGUGACGUUGGAA